AGGGGCGCGCGGGUCGAGUCUCCCGAGGGGGGGCGGGGAAUGAUAAAGGGUCCUUGUCCGCGAGGGCUUCACGGCCCCCCCGUGCCUGUUGGUGCUCAGGCAUGGAGAAGGUCGCCCAUUGUUGUUCCCAUGGGAACGCCUUCGUUCCUUCCGGCCCGCCCCCCUCCCCCGACUUCCUUUUCCAGCCAUUAGGCGGUCUCUGUUGGGAUUGGCAUCCGCGAAGUUUCCCUUCCUGUCCGCCCUCUUCCUUUUCCACCCAAAGCAGGCUGGGAACUCUGGCCUUUUGCGCCCUGGCCUUCUUCCUGGGAGGCGGUUUUGGGGGGGAGAGAAAGGAGGAGGUGUUCCCGAGCAGCGAUUGGUGGCAUGGGUUGAUCAGACUAUCCAGCCUCAAUGCAGCCAAACAGGAGACGCAAAUUAGAUUGGGACAGUUCGUCCAUUAGCUUGCCUACCAAAUACUGCAAGCUCACGGAAGACGGGCCACCACACCCUUGCCCUAACAUUAGCUUUAGUGGCAAGAAGACCGCUGCUUUCAGAAAGAGACAGACUUCGUACCUGCCAGAAUCUUCUUAUAAAGAGUUUCCCAGAGCUUCCUUUACUGCAGAGGAUUCAUCCUCUGAUGAGUUUGAUUUAGAUGAUGAAGCCAGCAGCAUUGUUAAAGAGAUCCCAGACCAUUCGCUGUCGAGCCAAACCCUGCCUGUAAAGCAUUUGGACUGUGACAUGUCUCAAAGAAAUGUGAUACCUGAAUCUCAAGAGUGCUUGAAACAUAAGAAUAAGCAAGAUGAUUGCAGUGAUGAAGGUCCAAGCCAUACACCAAGCAUUGAACAAAAAAUUACGUCAAAAGAAGCAGAGGCCUACCAUGGUAGGAGGAGAGUAAAGAGCCAAGAUUAUUAUCAAGGAUCUCGAGAAAUAUGCCGCAAAGCUCUGCUUGGUAUAUUGGGGGGAGCACUACGAACUAAGCGAGAGGGAGCACCUCCAAAUGGAAUUCGUGUGGAAAGAAAGGAGACAUCAGACUCUCCUGGCAACCUGAAACAUUUCUCAGAAGCAUCAAAACCAGGAGAACAGGAAAGUGGGAAAGAUCCACACUGUCCAAAAAGUAUAGCAAAAGAUCAAAUUAAUAUUUCUAUUAGCCAGAGUAGAGGAAAUUCUGGCUCAGAUGGUAGUUCAAGGCAUGUGUCUGUAAUUUCAAGGUCGCAAAAAGAACUGCAGUGUGACUCCAGGUUUAAAAAAACUGAUCCUAAAGAAGAAAAUAUCACUAAGAGCAGUGCAAAAGAGCCUUCUAAGUCAAGUGGCAGCUUAAGACUUAUCCCAGCAAUACCAAGAUUUGAGGACGAGGAUGAAGCAGAAUGUCAACUGGAGUCCAACUUACAGAAAGCUGCUCUAGAAAAAGAACUUAAUGCAUCAAUGCACAGUGGAAAAGCGCCUUCCAGAUCAAGUGGCAACUCAGGAUGUAUUUCUAAAUUACCAAGAGUUGAGGAUGAACCAGAACUUCAACAGAAGUCCAGUUUUCAGAAAACGGCUGUAAAAAAAGAACAUAAUAUCUCUAAGCACAAUGGAAGAGAGGCUUUCAGAACAGGGUGUAGUUUGAGACAUAUCCCUAAAUUAUCAAGUUAUGAAAAUGAUUCAGAAUUUCAGUUGAAGUCAACUUUUCAAAAAGCUCCUCUAAGUAAUAACUCUAGGCACAGUGGAAAAGAGGGUUCUGAAGCAGGUGGUAGUUCAAAACGCAUAAUUGACUUACCAGAAUGUGAAGAUGAACCAGUACUUCAGCAGGAGCAAACCAGCCCCCAAAUAACAGCAAAAGAGGGCAUCAGUACAACUUGUGAACAUAGUAAAAAGAGAUAUUUUAGAGAACCAUGUAGCUCAGAUAGUAGUGUAAAAAAUAUGUGGAAGCUUUCACAGACUGAAGGUAAACAAAAGCCUGAGAAAGAGUGCAGCAAACAGCAAAGUAAAACUCCUGAAAAAAAUAUUAACGUUAGUCUGAGUGAAAAGAAAUCAUGGAGGAUAGAAAAGCACUUGAGAUGUGUGUCAGAAGUUCCAAAAGACAACGGUGAAGAGUACCAGCAAGACCACAGUAGAGAGAAAACUAUUGCAAAGGGCACUAGUAACUGCACAAAGCAGAAGAAUGUGUCAAGAGAAAAAUGUGCCUCCCACAGUCCAUUUGGUUCACAGAAUGAUGCAAACAAUGACUUUGUGAAUUUCCAGAGGACUGUUAUUGUUGCAACUUCUCCAACACUUGUGUUUGUGGAUGAACAUGAUCCAGACAUCGAUCAGAAGUUUAUGGAACAUGAAAGAGAGUCAUCAGUUGGAAGUGAUUGGUCUGAUAUGGAGGAUGUGGAACCAGUAAAUGCUUUCUCACAAGAGGAUUCCAUCCCAAACCAGAGCACUACAGAGACAAUGGAGAAUUCAGUAUUGUCAACAGAGUUUGUGAUGUAUCCUCCACAUUUGUAUAGUUCUGGGAUGAGUGAUUAUGCAAAGUAUUGGAUAAGCACUCCCAAGCCAGUAAAGUCUCCUCCAUUUUCAAGCCCCUCUAACGAUACUUCAAAUGCCAGUCACCUUUGUGAUAUUUCAGGUCUUUCAACUGGUACUCCAUCAAAUACAUCAAAGGAUAAAUCAUUUUCAGAAGAAAGUAUGUGUGGUAAAGGCAGAAGGCACUCACAUGGUUCCCCUUGGCUUUGUGAGAAAAAAAACCAGCGAAGGAGUAUAGAAGAAACCUCAUGUGUUCCUAUAUUCUCCACGUCGAAGAAUUCAGACUCUUCUGUUGAUAACUAUGUAAACUGGGACUUGCCUAGUGACUUGCCUAAAUAUUUAGAAGAAGGGUUUAUUGAUACUCAUUGUCAUCUGGACAUGUUAUAUUCAAAGAUGGCUUUCAGAGGCACAUUUUCAAAAUUUAGAGAAACUUAUGAUAGCACCUUUCCCAAAGAAUUUCAAGGCUGUAUCGCUGACUUUUGUGACCCUCGGACCUUGAACAACUAUUUAUGGGAAGAUUUGUUAAAAGAAGACAUGAUUUGGGGGGCAUUCGGUUGUCAUCCACAUUUUGCCCGUUACUACACAGACCUUCAUGAAAAAAAUAUUUUGCAGGCAAUGAGGCAUCCCAGAGCUAUUGCCUUUGGAGAAAUGGGGCUUGACUACUCCUAUAAAUGUAGUACUGAAGUCCCAAAGCAGCAUAAGGUAUUUGAAAGGCAACUGAAUCUAGCUGUUUCCUUAAGGAAGCCAUUGGUAAUACACUGCAGAGAUGCUGAUGAUGAUCUGUUGGACAUCAUGAAAAAAUGCGUACCAAAAGACUACAAAAUACACAGGCAUUGCUUUACUGGCAGUUACAGUGUCAUAGAACCAUUGUUGGACUACUUUCCAAAUCUUACUGUUGGAUUCACAGCAUUAUUGACAUACCCAUCAGCUAAUGAAGCUAGAGAGUCGGUUCGAAAAAUUCCAUUAAACAGAAUAGUAGUGGAAACAGAUGCACCUUAUUUCCUUCCUAGGCAGGUACCCAAAAAUGUAUGCCAGUAUUCACACCCGGGAGUAGCACUGCACACAGUGAAAGAGAUUGCCCGCCUCAAGGAGGUGCCAUUAUCUACCAUGUUAGGCAUUCUAAGACAAAACACAAACAAAAUAUAUAACUUGUAGAAAAAUACAAGGUAGUAUGGGAAAAUGCUGAGGCAAAAAUACUUGUGUAAAGUGAUUCUGGUCUUUUGAAACUCAUGUAAUUAUAGAUUUGGGGCUUGUACAUUAGUGUUGACCAGCCUGUUAUUGGGACUUCUGGGAGCAAGGAAAAUACUAGCAAACGCUUAAGUGGGACAAAGAUAUUUAAACAUUCAUACCUUUUCCUGACCCUUUCCAGUUAUUUGUUGCCUGCCAUAUAAGGUGCCUUAGUGUUGAUUUUAUUUCUAAGAGUGGCUUGCCUUUUUAAUUACUAAUUAUUGGGUGCAAACUGGUUAACUUUUUAUUUUUGUUCAAUUUAGGUGAGUUUUAAUAUCUUCAAUUUCUUUUUUAAUUCGGGAAAAUGAUUCAAUGUUUCUAUAAUAGUAUCAUUUGGACUUUAAGAUUCAUUUGUAAAUAAAUGUAUUUUUAUAU